AUGCUUCAAUCAAUGGUCAACAUUGCAGACCAAUCCGGCGCAGUCAAGAGGGAGCUUUCGUCCCCCUUGAACUCGGCUCUUGCUUCAGCCACCUCGUCCACUUCGAUUUCCCCGGACGCCGAUAACGAGAGUGGCAAUCGGUACACCUCGCCUCCGAAAGACGACUCCAGACCUAGUCCAUCCCAGAUCUCCUCUAUUUUCAGUGUUGCUGCCCAUGAUGGUUCUCCGUCUCUUCCGGACAAGGAGGAGCACCAUUCGGUAUCAUUUGUGACUCAAACCAAUGGCAAGCACAGGAAGAAGAGCUGGAAAAAAACGGUGGCCGAGGAACAUAAAUCUCUCAUCUCUACGUCAUCUCCUGAAGGAAUUGCAGCUGCCUCCCAAAUCACGCCGAACAGAAUUGCCAAUAUCUUGCUCAGAGAGGGACCGUUGCCAAUCAGGCACUUGACUGCACAUUUGGUGUCUCAGAUCCCAGCAUUUGGUCAUCUCUCGCUAUCCAAACAAAGACGUUUGAUUAUGGCCGCCUUGGAAAUGGGAGACUUGCAAACUGGCUGUGUGUUCGAGAAAAUCGGUUGGGGCCAGUGGGAAGCAAGGAAAGCUUCUGACGACCAGAUCAACCAGCGAAAUACGCAAGCAUCCACUGGAAACAGAGAUAGGUCGCCUGAAAGUCCUCCUGAGACUCACGGCUCUACUAGAGCCAGACGGAAAGAAAAAAGAGGAAGUAAUUCUGCCUUAAGCGUGUCGCCAAAAGCCAGGGGACUUGGUGCUAACUAUAGACGAGAGUCAAUCACAAACUCAGCGACAGAUUUACACAACACUAAGGUUCCUAUAUCGCCAAAUCUCAGACCUCUACAGAGUUUACGAAAUUCAUUCAAAGAACGGAAAUACUCCUUGGACGAGGCUAUCGAGUCCUCUUCCUCUGAUGAUGAUGAUGAUGAUGAUUUGAAUUUGGUUCACUCGCAAGAAGAUGAUGACGACGGCAUGUUUACGUUUGAAGGAGACAAUGGAUCCCAAAAAGCUAAGCACAUUCUCCGCACGUCUUCGUUGUCGUCCACAAACAGGCAUCCGUCUUUUGCGGGCAUCGCGAAACCGAGAAAACCGCGCUCUUCCUUCACAAGUCAGUCAAUCGAGGCUGUUUUUGAUGAAAAUAGCAACCUCGAUUCUGCGUCCAUGCCAGAUGGAUUGAUAUCCAAGAGACGCCCGAGAGUGUCUUUUUCGAACUCCUCCAGUGUGACACGACAAUCCUUUUUACGUACGAACAUAUCUCCUUCGAACGGUCCAGUCAUGCUACAUGACCAAAAUAGCACUGUGACGCUCAAUACUGUGUCAUCCAUGGAGAAUCUCCAUGAGCAGGAACCUAAUGAUUUGGAAAACUACACAGAUGAGGAAGACUGGGAAGCUAUGGGACCUGCCACGCUUAGGAAAAAUAACAUGUCUGCAGUGACGGUACCCGCUUCCAACGUUGCAGUGGAACACAAUUCACCGAGACCAGUAUCUGUCAAAAUGGUCAAACCAGAUAUGUCGAGUCCAUUGAGACCAGCGUUAGCGACGCAGAGCGAUGAGGAGAUAGCUGCGAUAGCUCUCAUGGAUUUGAAGUCUGUUUGA